ACCCUGUUUUUAGAGCUAGGAUGACUAUCAUUCAGAUUUGUUUUAUUUCACGUAUGGAUAACUAUAAAAAAGUUUUUUGAACUUGUAAGUUAAGAAAGAAAGAGCAUCUAUAUUACAAAAUCACCGACCUGAGGACUUUAACCACAAUGCAGCUAAAAAGUUUUUGUCCCUUGAAGAUGAAUCACAAGCUGGAUGGACUAGUUUUUGGACUCAUUAUCAGCGUGCUUCUUUUGAUACACACAAGAGAAGGGCAAUCACAGGAGUCAAAUUUGCCUCAGAUAAUUAAAGCGAUGCUUGGGGAUGAUGUUGUCUUACCUUGUCAUAUAAAAGCUUCUGAAGAUCCUUCUCAGAUUACAAUUGAGUGGGGGAGACCAGACCUAAAACCAAGAUUUGUGUAUGUUUGGCAUAACCAGAAAGAAUAUCUAACCGACCAAAACACAGCCUACAUAGGAAGAGCAUCGUUGUUCCAUGACAAACUGAAUGAUGGAGACGUUUCACUGAAACUUUCUAAUGUGACACACUCUGACAAUGGAAAAUACAGAUGCUACAAUCUAAAGGAUAAAACAGAAUACCUUGUUCAGCUUCUUGUUGGCUCAGUAUCCUCACCUGGUAUCAGUUUGGCAGGACUUGAUACAAGCAGUGGUAGAGUGAUCUUAGACUGCAGCUGUGCAGGCUGGUAUCCAGAACCAGAGGUCGUCUGGUUGCAUGGGGAAGGGAACAUCAUCUCUGCAGGACCUCCAGAGACAAUCACAGAUUCUGAUGGUGUCUACAAUGUCAGUAGUAGAGUGACUGUGGAAAAGAGACAUAACAACUACUUUACCUGUAGACUCCAACAGAAAGACAUCAACCAGACCAAAGAGACACACAUUCAUAUUCCAGAUGAUUUCUUCAUUGUCCAGUCUGACUGCUCGGUUUCUAUCGGCUUUAAUGUUGUUUUUGCUCUCAUGCUCGUUUUUGGAGUUUUCUUUUUUAUCAGAAUGAAGCAACAAAGCAAAAAAGUGAAACCAAAUGAAGAGCUAAACCAACUCAUGCAGGAUGAAAAGCAAAAGACAAAAAAAUCUAAACUUCAGGAGCAGUUAAAGAGGAGAACUGAGGAGCAAGAAAUCACUGAUCAGCAGAUACAAAAGUUGAAAGAUACAUUAGAGAAGCUGAAGGAGCAGAAAAAAACCCUCACUGAUAAAAAAGAGAAGGCAGUGAAAGAGCUAGAGGAGAAUGACAGCGAGCUUAAAGAAAUUGUUGAAGUUAAUGGAUAUUCAAAACUAAAAGAAAUUAUAAUAGGUAUCCGUCACUACCUGCUUGAUAAAACAGAAGAUCCUCAAUGUUUGGAACUGAUGACAGAGAAACUAAUAAAAAUCACAGAGGAUGAGGUUAAUAGCCUGCAGGAAAUAGAAGAGAGAAUAGGAAAUCAUAUAACUGAGUUACAAAAAAAGCUCAAAGAGAUGGAGACAAAGACGUAAUUUCAUUACUCAGACAGAAUGAAAUAAAUUCUGUAGUUUUGUUCCGCAUCGUCACACUGUAAUGGGAGAAAAGUUUCAAAAGUUUUAAACCCCACACAUUUGCUGCAGACUUUGGGAACUUUUUCUGAGGCUUUUAAGAAGUGUUUUAUUUGUCCGACAAGAAAAUAGAAAUGAUUUGUUGAUGCAAACACAUUUCAGGAGGCAGAACUUCAUACUACAGAAUAUGACAUCUGUUUUGUACAUCUGAGCAAACUAUAACUUUUCUACAAUUUAAUAAAUCAUCAUCAAUCAUGUUUUUAUGAAACAAAUACUUAUUAAAAAAUACAUUUAUUUCAAAAUAAAUAAAUGGCAAAUUAAUGAACAUAGUAAACUUUCUUAAAAUUUCUUAUGGUCUUUUCUUUAUUUGUUUUAGAAUUUGUAAAUGAUUUACAAAUAAAAGAGUUGAUUUAGUAUUUUAAUUCAGCAGGUGGCAAUGAGGCGAUUUUUGGUUUACAUUGAUCAGACAGGUCUUUCAUUUAAAUAUGUAAUUGCAAGUUAAUUGCAAAAUGAUUUGUUUACCAUUUCAAAUAAAAACUGUAAUGUGGUUAA